GACAAAGUUGGGCCUGCGGCAGCCACAUACGGAUCCAUUCGGCGGUCAAGCGUUACAAGUGUCAGCACUGUGAAAUGCGGUUCCAUAUACGGGGGAACCUAACGGCCCAUGAGCGAACACACAUCGGAGCGAAGCCGUACCUGUGUCCGCAUUGUGGGAAAGGUUUCGCUGAGAGAGGCAACCUGAAGAGCCACAUCCGCUACCACACGGGGAACGGCCGUACCCAUGCUCCGAGUGCCCGAAGCAUUUUCGGAACACACUACUCUCGAACGGUGCACCUCCGAUCGCACAGCAACGAGCGACCUUUCCGGUGCACCGACUGUGACAAGGAUUCUACUCGUCCGGUAAGUUGACUAUCCAUCGGCGGGUGCACACUGGCGAGAAGCCGUACAAGUGCAGUUCAUGUCCGGCCAAAUUUGCCGACAGCAGUGGGUUGAAAAGGCACUUGAAAAAGCAUUGAAGGCGAUAAAGGUGGGAUCCAGAAAUGUGCGAUCUGUUGCGAUAAU